AUGAGAAAUUUGAGUGGAGGCUACAUAGCAGAAUUUGUUUUGGUGGGCUUCCCUACCUCUCCACCACUCCAGCUACUCCUCUUUGCCCUCUUCCUUGCAAUUUGUCUGUUGACAUUGUUGGAGAAUGCACUCAUCAUUUCCACAAUCUGGCUCACUCCCAGCCUUCAUCGCCCAAUGUACUUUUUCCUUGGUCAUCUUUCAUUCCUGGAGCUAUGGUACAUCAAUGUUACGGUUCCCCGACUCUUGGGAGCAUUUCUUACCCAGGACCGUAGAGUCUCCUAUGUUGGUUGCAUGACCCAACUCUACUUCUUCAUUGCCUUAGCCUGCACUGAGUGUGUCCUGUUGGCAGUCAUGGCCUAUGACCGCUACCUGGCCAUCUGUGAACCCCUCUGUUAUCCUAGUCUCAUGUCUUCCAGCCUGUCCACUCGCCUUGCUGCUUCCUCUUGGAGCAGUGGCUUCUUCAGCUCCAUGAUGAAGCUUCUUUUCAUUUCCUGACUGUCCUACUGUGGACCCAAUAUCAUCAACCACUUUUUCUGUGAUAUCUCUCCAUUACUUAACCUCACCUGCUCUGACAAGGAGCAAGCAGAACUAGUAGACUUCCUCUUGGCCCUGGUGAUGAUUCUACUCCCUCUUUUGGCUGUGGUUUCAUCAUAUGCUGCCAUAAUUGCAGCCAUCCUGAGGAUUCCUACUGCCCAGGGACGCCACAAAGCCUUCUCCACUUGUGCCUCUCACCUGGCAGUGGUUGUCAUCUACUACACUUCCACUCUCUUCACCUAUGCACGGCCCCAGGCCCUGUACACCUUUAACCACAACAAGAUCAUCUCUGUGCUCUAUACUGUCAUUGUACCAUUCCUCAAUCCAGCCAUUUACUGCCUGAGAAACAAGGAGGUGAAGGAUGCCCUCAGGAAAGCAGUCCUGGGCAGAUGCCACUAUCCCAGAGAUGUCCCAGAUUGA